AAGCCCGCGGAAGCUGAAGCAGGAGCAGCAGCAGGGCCAGGACAAAGGAGGUGCCGUUGCGCAGGCACCGCUUGCAACGGGUCCGUCCAUCGCCGCGCAGCUAGGGGGCGCCGUGGAAGCCGGCAAGCUGCCCAUCAUGCUGCCGGAGAAGCUCAAUCGAAACAAGGUGCUUCUAGAGCUGCCGCCGGCGGCCAUGUCCGGAGAGCACUACCACGGGGCCGCGGACCUCAGCGGCGACUCCGGGGCGGUGGGGCGGCUGGUGGUGGGGAAAGCGCCAGCAGCCAACAGCAAGGGCACGGCCGCGGCAGCAGCAGCAGCAGCAGCAGGCGGUUCCGAGGGCGGCGGUAGUGGUGGCGAUAGUGUACAGCUGCAAGUGGACCUCAAGGGGCUGCUGUACAACGCCUGGGUGCUGCCACUGGCGGGCACCGCAAUGGUGCUCAACAUAGGGCCCUCUGAAGCCAAGGUGGAGUCGCUCUUCAAUGACUUUAUUCGGUUGCGGGAGGUGGUUGACCCGUACGACGAUGAUGACGUGGACGGUGGCGGUGGCGCUGGGCUUGCGUACCUGCUGGAUGGCGACGAUGAGAACUAUCAAGUCGGGGGCGGCGGUGGGGACGGUGACGACGCACCCAGGCCGAGUGGCAAGGGCGGCAAGGGACCCAGAGAGCGGCCAGAGAAGAAGGCCAAGACCAGCAAGAAGGCAGGGGGGGGAGCGACGGCAGGGCCUAAGGCCGGGAAGAAGAAGGGCGCUGCAAAGCCUAGGAAGACGGCGACCGAGGCCGGCAAGGGCGCGCAAGGUAAGAACGCCGCAGCGCCGAAAAAGGCGGCGGCACCGAAGAAGGCAACGGCUGCACCGAAAAAGACAACAACCGACAAGGCGUCGCUGGCAAAGGACGCGAAGGCGAAGGAGACGGCAGCGGCGAACAAGGGUUUGGGGACCAAAGCUGGCGGUGUAAGCAAGAAGGCGGCCGGCAGCAAGAAACAAAUGACGUUGACCACUUUUGCUGCAGCUGCGAAGCCAAGUUGA